CGACCUUGCCGUGCCUUGUUUCGCCACCUGACAACACUUUUCUCAUCAAAACCUCAAAUAUCCUCCUCGCUCUCUCAUUCCACCAGACAAAACACAAUAAAACACAAAACCCUAGAUCUCUCUAUUCCUGUGUCCAAACAAGCUCCGAUCUCACCUCCUCUCCUCUCGAUUUUUGAAGAUGGUGUCUGACGCGAGCAAGAAGAAGGCGGCGGCCAAGAAGGCGGCGGCUGCCGCGAAGAGAGGAGGGAAGGCUGCAGCAACCGCUGCGUCGUCGAAGGCGACCGUCGCCGCCAACGGUAGUGCCGAUAACUUGGCGAAUGGAGUGGCGGCGCUUCAAAUAUCAGAUCGGACUUGUACCGGAGUACUCUGCUCGCAUCCUCUCUCCAGAGAUAUUCGGAUAGAGUCUCUAUCACUUACUUUCCAUGGACAUGAUCUAAUUGUUGAUUCUGAGCUGGAGCUUAAUUAUGGCAGACGUUAUGGUUUGCUUGGGUUGAAUGGCUGCGGGAAAUCUACCCUUCUUACUUCAAUAGGAUGCCGGGAACUUCCCAUUCCAGAACACAUGGAUAUUUUUCACCUCAGUAGGGAGAUUGAAGCUUCUGACAUGUCUUCACUUGAGGCUGUUAUAAAUUGUGACGAGGAGAGGAUGAAAUUGGAGAAGGAAGUUGAAGCCUUGGCGGGACAGGAUGAUGGUGGUGGAGAAUCUCUAGAACGUAUUUAUGAGCGUUUGGAUGCCUUAGAUGCAUCGACUGCGGAGAAGCGUGCUGCUGAAAUCUUAUAUGGUCUUGGUUUUGACAAGAAGAUGCAAGCAAAGAAAACACGUGAUUUCUCUGGUGGUUGGAGGAUGAGGAUUGCUUUAGCACGGGCUCUGUUUAUGAAUCCAACCAUCCUGUUACUUGACGAACCCACUAAUCAUCUUGAUUUGGAAGCUUGUGUCUGGUUGGAGGAAACUUUGAAGAAUUUUGAUCGCAUCCUUGUGGUGGUUUCACACUCCCAGGACUUCCUGAAUGGUGUCUGCACCAACAUAAUCCACAUGCAAAGCAAGACACUGAAGCUCUAUACUGGUAAUUAUGACCAAUACAUUCAAACCCGUUCUGAACUUGAGGAGAACCAGAUGAAACAGUACAAGUGGGAGCAGGAACAGAUUGCUUCAAUGAAGGAAUAUAUUGCUCGAUUCGGCCAUGGGUCAGCAAAACUAGCUCGUCAGGCACAAAGCAAAGAGAAAACUCUAGCAAAAAUGGAGCGAGGUGGGCUUACAGAGAAGGUGGCAAGGGACAAGGUUCUAACUUUCCGCUUUUCUGAUGUGGGAAAGCUUCCCCCACCUGUACUACAGUUUGUGGAAGUCAAAUUUGGCUACACACCCGAUAAUCUAAUCUACAAGUGCCUCGACUUUGGGGUGGACUUGGACUCACGGGUGGCACUGGUGGGGCCCAAUGGAGCUGGGAAGAGUACGCUGCUGAAGCUGAUGACGGGGGAUUUGGUUCCCCUUGAUGGCAUGGUCCGGCGGCACAACCACCUGAAAAUUGCACAGUACCACCAGCACUUGGCUGAAAAACUUGACUUGGACAUGCCUGCCCUCCAGUACAUGAUGAAAGAGUAUCCAGGAACUGGGGAGGAGCAAAUGAGGGCAGCGAUCGGGAAGUUUGGGCUUACAGGUAAAGCCCAGGUAAUGCCUAUGAAUAAUUUGUCGGAUGGGCAAAAGAGCCGGGUAAUUUUUGCAUGGUUAGCCUGGAGGACGCCCAACAUGCUGUUGCUGGAUGAGCCCACUAACCAUUUGGAUAUUGAGACGAUUGAUUCGCUGGCUGAAGCAUUGAAUGAGUGGGAUGGUGGUAUGGUUCUUGUUAGCCAUGAUUUUAGGCUAAUAAAUCAGGUGGCCCAUGAGAUAUGGGUGUGUGAAAAUCAAGCUGUGACCAGGUGGGAGGGUGAUAUUAUGGACUUUAAGAAGCAUUUGAAGAACAAGGCUGGUGUAUCUGAUUGAUCGAUGCAGGUAUUUGGAUGGGCUGAAAUAUAUUUCAUUUAAUUAUAUUAUAACCUGGCUGGCUUAUUAUUGUUCUACGGCCUCGUGUUGUGUUCUCCAAGUGGAUUUUGUGGACAGAGCAGAGGAGGUGUUGGGGGGGGCGCGUCGGUUACCAUGUGUAGCUUGUUAGUCUGAUUCUUUGCUUUGCCCUUCUACUACCAUUAAGGAGAUAUAUGAUAGUAGUAUUACAAGAUUACUACUACUUAUGUUGUCAGUUUUACUUGAGUUAAUUCUAUACUUGAAACUUAUGAUGUAUUCAGAUUUCUUUACGCAAUAUCGGUUUUUCCCAUUUUGAUCAUUUAAAGAAAAUUCUGAGAUUUAUUCGGA